CGGCGGGGCGGGGCGGGGGCGCAGCGCAGGGCGGGUCCCCGCGCAGAGCCGCUGCCGGGUGCGCCGGGCGCGGGGCGGGGGAGCCGCGGCGCCAGCUGCUCUCGGCGGCGGCGGGGCGAUGCGGAUGGCGGUCGGUGCGGCAGCGGGCGACGGGGCAGAGCAGAGCCCCGGCCCCGCCGCCGUCUCGCUGGGCUUGAGCGUGGCCGUGGUGUCCAGCCUGGUGAACGGCUCCACCUUCGUCCUGCAGAAGAAGGGGAUCGUGCGGGCCCGAGGGCGAGGUACUUCAUACUUAACAGAUAUAGUGUGGUGGUCUGGCACUAUUGCAAUGGCUCUUGGGCAAAUAGGAAAUUUCUUGGCCUACACUGCAGUUCCUACUGUGUUAGUGACUCCCCUAGGAGCUCUUGGCGUUCCAUUUGGCUCCAUUUUAGCUUCUUACUUACUGAAAGAAAAACUCAACAUUCUUGGCAAGCUGGGAUGUCUUCUGAGCUGCGCUGGGUCUGUUGUUCUCAUCAUCCAUUCCCCAAAGUCUGAGAGUGUAACGACUCAGGCUGAACUUGAAGAGAAGCUUACAAAUCCAGUUUUCGUGGGUUAUCUCUGCGUAGUACUGCUAAUGCUUCUCCUGCUUAUCUUCUGGAUAGCUCCAGCUCAUGGACCUACUAAUAUCAUGGUUUACAUCAGUAUUUGCUCUCUGCUGGGCAGUUUCACAGUGCCAAGCACAAAAGGCAUUGGGCUGGCUGCUCAAGAUAUCUUUCACAAUAACCCAUCAAGUCAAAGGGCUCUGUAUCUCUGUCUGGUACUUCUGGCAGUAUUAGGAUGUAGCAUUAUCAUUCAGUUCAGGUACAUCAAUAAGGCACUGGAAUGUUUUGACUCCUCUGUGUUUGGUGCCAUCUACUAUGUUGUGUUUACCACUUUAGUCUUGCUGGCUUCAGCCAUCCUUUUCAGGGAAUGGAGUAAUGUAGGAGUGGUAGAUUUCUUGGGCAUGGCUUGUGGAUUCACCACAGUAUCUAUUGGAAUUGUUCUCAUACAAGUCUUCAAGGAAUUCAACUUCAAUAUUGGGGAUUUAAAUAAACCUAACAUGAAGACGGAUUAAAAUAUUUUUUGAGGGAAACUGGAUGGCUCAGGGAAUGAUAGAGCCUUUCAUUUCUAGGUCACCGAUUCAGUUAUGAUUCAGGUUGGUAUUUUUUACCCUCUGACAAUUUGGUGACCUACAGGAAAUGAAUUGGAGGCUUCCAUCCAGUUUCAAAGGGACAGUUGUCCAUUUACCCCAAAUCAACAUAAUAAAUGGCAGUAAUUGGUAUUAUUGCCAAGGGUCUCAGCAGGAAGGCCAGGGAUUGAGUCAGCAUAGAGACUGAUGUAUUUCCUCACUGUAAAAAGUGAUUCAUCACAAAAGAUUUAGGAAUAUUCUGACAGGCACAUGGGUGAAAGCUUGUAUUAUGACUGCUUGUGAUGUGUGGUUUCUGUGAAUAAAGAACAUCAGUUUCUAAUGCGCUCAGUCUGACACCUUUCAUGACUGAUGUAUACCCUUAAAAAUAUGGGGGGGGAAAAAGUGAAUGGAACAAUUUGUUAAUCUUCUUAAUAUAGCAAUGUGUUCACCAUCCAGGCUGUGAAUUCUGAGACAAGUGUUGAUUGAACCCUGACUGCGGGUUUGUUCUUUUAUAGUAGCUGUCUCUGCAAUUUGGUCUGACAUGGGGGGAAGACACUGGGGAUUUUUAAAUUAAAUUCUAUAUACAGAGCAGUGGACCCUGAAAAUCUUUCACUAAUUAUUUAUCAGCAGAUGGUAGUGUCCAGAUUAGAUACGCAUUUUUCUUUGUAACUUACAUGCAUUAAGACAUACUGCAUUCAUCUGAGUUUUUAAUUGGGAACAGACAGAAAGACUGUGAAGGAUGUGGAAAUGAUGCACAGACUUUUUGACUAUAUGGUGGCUUAUUUCUAAGCAGCUCAGAACUAUUUCAGUGCCUUUGUAAUCCAAAAUACUGCAUAAAUGUGAAUGUAUUUGUUUCAGAUGGCCUAUACUCGUUUAAUAAUUCACUUUCAUUCUAUGUAAUAUUUGACUGCAUUCAAGUUCUAAACACGUAGAGCAGCUAGAAGGAGCUACAUAUUUUUGGAAAAUUUUACAAAUCUGAGUUGAAAUCUUUAGAUGUCUUGACAGCUUCUGAAAUAUCCAUAGCCAUAAUGGGAAGAGGUAAUCUGCAAGAGGUCUCCUUAAAGCACUCCAGCAUAUCUUGAUUCUAGUUAAGUGACAAUAUAGGAAACUGUUUUGUAAAGCAGUUGAUAAGCAGCAACAACAACAAAAAAAUUAGAAUAGCAUGAGAUUUCUUGGUAGCUCAGAAAAUGGUUGGCCAGAUUUCUCUUGUAACCUUGGAAAAGGAGAUUAAAGACUGAACUACAAUAAGCAUUCAGAGAGCUGAGCUUCAGUAUAGGCAUUCAGAUACAGUAACUUACAGACCUGUGUGAUAGUUCAGCAAUAAUAUUUUGACAGUGGUACAAAUAGCUUAAGCUGUGAUUGGAAUGAUUCUGAACCAAUCAAUUUAGACCAUUUAGAGAAUAUUGAUAUGUUAACAAAAGAAAUAAUUAAUUUUCACUUUCAGUUCAGAAUUGUGACCUUUUUGGAGUGCAAGUAUUAUAUAUUUGAUAAUUAUCAACAUCAUGAGUCACAAGACUUGAAAAGUAAUGAUUUUUUUUUCAUUUUAAGUACAAAAAUAGAAAGCAUACAGUGGAACUCAACAUCUCUAGUUCAGAAUGUCUCUUCAAACAAACAAAUGAACAAAGAUGAUUGCAAGACAGUUUUUCGAAAAAUCCAUGACACUUUUAACAAGAAAUCAUGAAUUUAGUUUUUUGGCUGCCUGACAGUAAUGCAAACUUCCAUUAAUGGAGAGUAAUACUGUUCACUUUUUUGAUGUUUUUUGACUAUAAGUAAUGUUUCCUUACAACUCAACGUCCAUUUUCAUUUAAAAGAAAUGUUAUAAGCCCUUCUGAUAGCAGCAAUAAACACAAAUAGUGAAUCCUAAAGGCUUAGUAUUCUGAAGAGAGAAUAAGAGCCCUACUGUGUUAUUUUGAAGCUAGUUUUAUAACUCUGAACUGUUGGAGAUAACCAACUGAAGUGACUCUCACUCUGAAUUGACAGAAACACAUUGUUAUAGGCCAGCAAAGAAACUGGGUAUCUUGGUGAGACUAAAGUAUUAGCACAUAAAAGGCUGUAUUUGUGGAUUCCCAAAUACUGUGUAUGGUUUCUAGAAAGUUUCAGUAUUGUAGAUGAGGGAAUUGGAUUAUAAAAUCUGGAUAAAACAGAACUUUGUCCACUAUUGAUUGAAAGAUGGUAUCUUGGUUAUGAAUGGACAAUUAUGUUUUGUCAUUCUAGUUCCUUUUUUUUCUGAUUGAAACUGAAUCAUAAAUAAGUUAUGAGACCUGUAGUGAUUUACUUUUAAAAAUAAUGUUAGCUGUUUCCUGAAGCAGUCAAGUCAUCUUUUCAAAAUUCAAACUGAGUUCAUGAGUUGCAUGUUCAUUUUGUACUAGCCCUUACUGUCUGAAGACUUCCAUGAAAAUCUAUCUUUGGAUUAAACUGAAAAUGACAGGGGGCUUGUCUUAGUCCUUCUUUGGCCCUAUCUCUUUGUCUCUUUUGUUUUAAAGUUUAUUCCUAUUUAUUUAGAAAGUGCCUAUCCCAGAAUUUUAGGUGCAUAUGCAAAUUAUUAUUAAAUAGUAUACUGAAAACAACUUGACUGCCCUGCUAUAACCCUGCCAUGUUCUGCACCAAACAACUUCACUUGAUAAGCACUCACUAUGCAGAGUAAGAAAAUAGUAGCAGCUAUGUUCUUUAGUCCUCUGACCAUUCUUAGAGCUGAUAAAUGUUUGCAAGUUUCCCCCCCCCCCCCCCCCCCCCGGCCCCAGCCGCUGCUCAUCCCUGAUGAGCUUUCUAGAAAUGUCUAGUUACCCUUGUUUAAUACAGAUGUCAAAAGCCAGCACAUAAGGUGAAAGAAAUUAUAGUGGCCUUGCACAUCAUUUAUAUCUGCAGCCUUUUACAUUAUGAAUGAUAAAUAAUGAAAAACCUUUAUUUUUGCUACUCUUCGUUCAGCAUAUAACAGCAUUCUUCUGAGUUCUGCUGUACCUGGGUCUGGUCCAGUUCUAACUUUAGAAAUGUAUUAGCAUGUUAUGUUGUUACUCUUGGCAUGAUCCUUCCUCCCUCCAACCCAUACCCUCCUCAUUCUGUGUGUCCUACCUUCUUUAGUCUUUUCCCAUUACUUUUCUGAUUGAAAAGGAGGCACUGUUGAAGUUGAAUUUUCAGCUUUUCCCUCUUUCUCUCCCCCUAGACAAGUAAGCACUUUCGAAUAAAACUGAAUCUGAGUUCCAUCAUCUCAGGGAGCAAAUGCGCAUAGUUGUCUCCUGAGGUCUGGUCUCUCUCUAGGGUCUGCCCUUUUCACAUACUUCCAUGUUACUAAUAUUGAUAGCUAUGAGACAGAUGACUUAAGUGUGGAUUCCAAAGUAGAAGUGACCAGAGGCUACAUAUGUACAAAAAGUGGACUGAUUACAGUGGUGGGAUGCAUUUAAAUUUAAUUUAAAUCCAUAUGAAAGGAGUUUUACUCUGGCUUCUAUUCUGCUUAUCAGCCACAUUGACUUACGUGAUGCUGUUACUCACUUGAAUAUAGCUCUUUGAUCAUUAUCCCUUCAGUAUAUGGAAGGUUUACAUGUGUCAGUCCCAAUCUUUAUUAGGUGUUAAAUACAAAAAUCCCUCAAAUGUUCAGUAGGAGAAUAGAAACCUUUUUGAUACAACCAAAAAAAUUUGUUACACCUUAAAUGCUUAUGUAAAAAAGCAAAAUACCUAAAGAAGGUAUCUGCUGAAUUAACCUUUCAGGAUACUGUAUGUGUAAAUAGAACCUAUUUAUUAGUGAGCUGAAACUAACAUGAGUAAGAACCUGUCAUAUAACAGUUUGACAAGUGAGGCUUCCCUCCAAUAAUUUUGAUUUAUAUUGAACAUAUGUAUUUUUAUGAAGUAACUAGCACUGAAAAAUGAAAACACUGGAUUUUAUUUGUUGAAACAGCAGAAUCUGUGAGAAUUAGUUUUCUCUUUUUUCUUUUUUUUAAUAAAGGGUUUGUAUUUAAAGAAAGGUUUGAAGUAACUAAAUAGGGGAUGCUUAAAAUGGGUUUUGUUUGCACAAUACACCCCUCUCACCUUCUUGUUUCAUAAAUAUAAAACACUAAGGAUUCUAUAGAUCUUCCUUAGUUGUUUUGAGAUCAUGUAACUUUGGGACUUGCUGAAGUUUUACUGUUAAAUCAAUUUGUUUAGCUAUUAUCUGUUAUCUUUUCUUUAGAGGUCAGUCUUUGGUGCUACAGAAUAUGGGCUUAAGUGAUGCAGAACUUUGGGGUAUACCAUGUUAGCACCAAUGAUGUCAAACAUUAUCAUUGCUAGCGCCCAAGUCUUUCAGACAGCAGUGUUGAAAUCGAGUGAUUACAAGGUUAUGUAUUAGGAAAUCUUUUUAAAGAGCUGCAAAUAAGCAUUUGGGGGUUUUUGGGUUUGUUUGUUUUUGUUUUUUUUUCCAGACAGUUGCUCUACAGAGUGGAAAAUGUUACACAUAAGGGGUAUUUUUGAGUUACUUUUUCAACUGUGGAGCUUUUUUCUGGUAUGUAAAAAAAUAAAUAAAAAAAAAUUAAUGAGAUGUGGGGGAAAAGUGGAUGGCAACAAAUACACAGUGUGAUAGGUUUGGUUGCUUCAAUGCUAUUGCAAUAUAGUAACUACAGAUUACAUGAAAAUGGUUUAUUUUACUAGCUUCCAAAUAAUGUAUAUAUAGAUUUGUUAAUGGCUUACAAGUCUAGCUUAUUCUCUUUGCUUUUUAAAAAAUAUAGUUAUAGGCAUGUUGUAUUUGCCUUGUGUAAAUUAUAAAAGGCUAUUUAUUAAGUUUUCUGAUAACUAAUCUAUUUAUUAACCUGUAAUGUUUUAAAAUAAAUGAUUUAUUUCUAGCUCAA